GAGCAAGAUGCCAGGGCCAUAUUGAGUCACCGCUUUUAGUUGGGCUCUGGGCUUCCUACCCUUCUGCCCACUUAGGGGCCAGAGUCCUAGAAUGAGGUUGAAUGAGACAUCCUGUCUCCAUGGCUGCGACUGUCAGAGACUCGGGUCAGAUGAGGCGGCCAGGUCUGGGAAGCCUAGGCUUUUUCCCGGUUCGCCCGACAUCUUGGCGGAGGUUCUCAUCAUGGACCAUCCCAGCAUGCGGAUUCUGUCCUCUUGCUGCAAGAUGUCGGACAUCCUGGCUGAGGGCAUCACCAUCGUUGAAGACAUCAACAAGCGCCGGGAACCCAUCCCCAGCUUGGAGGCCAUCUACCUGCUGAACCCUUGUGAGAAGUCAGUCCAGGCCCUGAUCAAUGACUUCAGGGGGAUCCCUACGUAUACCUACAAGGCUGCCCAUGUCUUCUUCACCGACACCUGCCCCGAGCCCCUCUUCAAUGAGCUGGGCCGCUCCCGGCUGGCAAAGGCCAUCAAGACGCUGAAGGAAAUCCAUGUGGCUUUCCUGCCCUAUGAGGCCCAGGUGUAUUCGCUGGACACCCCCGAGAGCAGCUACAACCUAUACUGCCCAUUCCGGGUUCAGGAGCGAGGGCAGCAGCUGGAGGCUCUGGCCGAGCAGAUUGCCACGCUUUGCGCCACCCUGCGCGAGUACCCAGCCAUCCGCUAUCGCAAGGGCCCCGAUGACACCAGCCAGCUCGCCCACGCCGUCCUGGCCAAACUGAACGCCUUUAAGGCCGACAACCCGAGCAUGGGUGAGGGGCCAGAGAAGACGCGCUCCCAGUUGCUGAUAAUGGACCGUGGCUAUGAUCCAGUAUCACCCUUGCUGCACGAACUCAGCUUCCAGGCCAUGGCCUACGACCUGCUUGAAAUCCACCAGGACACCUACAAGUAUGAGACAACGGGGCUGAGUGAUUCACGGGAGAAAGCCGUGCUCCUGGAUGAGGAUGACGAGCUCUGGCUGGAGCUGAGGCACAUGCACAUUGCAGACGUCUCCAAGAAGGUGACAGAGCUGCUGAAGACUUUCUGUGAGAGCAAGCGGCUGACCACGGACAAGGCCAACAUCAAGGACCUGUCCCAGAUAUUGAAGAAAAUGCCUCAAUACCAAAAGGAGCUGAGCAAGUACUCAACACACCUGCACCUGGCUGAAGACUGCAUGAAACGCUUUAAAGGGACGGUGGAGAAGCUGUGCAGCGUGGAGCAGGACUUAGCGCUGGGCACGGACGCGGAGGGAGAGAAGAUCAAGGACGCCAUGAAGCUGAUUGUGCCUGUGCUGCUGGACCCCGGGGUCCCGGCCUACAACAAGAUCCGCAUCCUGCUGCUCUACAUUUUGCACAAGAAUGGGGUGAGCGAGGAGAACCUGGCUAAGCUGAUCCAGCAUGCCAACGUGCAGGCUUACAGCGGCCUCAUCCGCAACUUGGAGCAGCUGGGGGUCAUGGUCACCUCCCACUCUGCCGGGGGUGCCGGGGUCUCGAAUAAACGGGAGCGGAAGGAGCGAAUGGAAUCCACCUAUCAGCUGUCCCGCUGGACACCCGUCAUUAAGGAUGUGAUGGAGGACGCCGUGGAGGAUAAACUGGACCGGAGACUGUGGCCCUUUGUGUCCGACCCAGCCCCGAUAGCCAGCACCCAGGCAGCCGUCAGCGCUCGGUUUGGCCACUGGCACAAGAACAAAGCAGGGGUGGAAUCCCGGGCCGGCCCCCGCCUCAUCGUCUACGUGAUCGGAGGGGUGACCAUGUCCGAGAUGCGCACGGCCUACGAGGUCACCCGCGCCACGGAGGGCAAAUGGGAAGUGCUGAUUGGCUCCUCCCACAUCCUCACUCCCACCCGCUUCCUGGACGAUCUCAAGAGCCUGGACCAGAAAAUGGAAGAUCUCCCGCUGUCUUGAAACUACCCGCAACCUGCUGCAAUAAAUGCUCCCCUGGACUCUG